ACCAACUCAGAGACAGAGACAGAGACAGAGACAGAGAGAGAACGUCGAAACUCCCUGUCUGUGUAUACAAUCUUCAAAUACCCAUCCAUGGCGGCCAGUAAAAGUUACUACGCUCGCCCGAGCUGCCGCUUCCUUCCCAAUGACCGAGACCACCACUCUCCAAAUAUAGCUCACGAGUCUGCAUUCGAACUCGAUGAGUCCGACAUCUACAACUCCGUCCGCUCCAACUCUCCCGAACAGUUCCGCAAGCCUGUUUCGGGCUCCCGCCUCUCAAAAAAGUCCUCCGCCAAGCCUUCGUUUACAGACUCGUCCGACCACCUGGCCGGAGCGAACCCGUCCUCGCUGCCUGUGAACAUUCCGGACUGGUCGAAGAUCCUGAGGAACGAGUACCGGGAGAAUCGCCGUGGGGACGGCGUUAACGACGUCGACUUGAACGGCGACGACGAGUGUGAGAACGGGGUGAGGGUCCCGCCGCACGAGUUUUUGGCUAGGCAGAUGGCGAGGACGAGGAUUGCCUCCUUCUCGGUGCACGAAGGAGCGGGGAGAACCCUGAAAGGUAGGGAUCUUAGUCGUGUCCGAAACGCAAUUUGGGAAAAAACCGGCUUCCAAGAUUAGAAAAUUUGAAGAACAGAAACGGAAAAAAAAAAAAGAACAAAAAAAAAAAAAUCACAGAACAUCAGUGAGAAAUUACGGAAUAUUCAGUAGAAUAUCUUUUUUUGUUUUUCUUCCGUUAUUCCGACGUAGUCCGAUAGACAUGUUCGUCUUCUUUUUGUUUUGACAUUAUUUUUUUUUUUUAUUUUUGGGUUUUAAUUUUACGUCGUAUGAUGACUCUUACUCGAAGAAGGGGAACAUCUUGGACGAUUGACGAAUGUAAUUCUAACUCUCGAGACUUAUAUAUACGAAUUCGCAGAGGGGAUUUCGUCUU